GGGCCGGUGCGCUCACUCGUAGAACCUGGCUGCGAUGACCCGAAGGCGGCAGACAUCACCCUGCCUUCUGGGAAGUGCGGAGACAAGUCCAGCACUGCCAACACGCUGGGAUCUGCCUGGCGGGCCGGACCAAGUCCACUGGUGGGGCGCGGGUUUUCCCCUCCUGACUCUUGCGGGAUGGACCAGGGAACCUCCGAAAAAAAUCUUCUUGAGCCACGUCCGGAGGAGCUCGGCCACGAGUCCGACGGAACACGGACACAAAGGACACGUUGGCUGAUCUCGUGCAGCGAGACGGCGUCACGACGCGGGCGCGGCACGAGCACUCUCGGGUAGCUGGUGCAUCGCCACGACGUCAGCACAAUCACCGCAGACACUGCGAGGCGUAGAAAGCGCAGUGCCGCACACUGCAUGUGCCGUGAACUCUCUGGCCUGCGGGGGUCCGGGGGCAGCUGCUCCGGAUGGGGCGGGAACUGGCCAUCGCUCGGACGUCCAUUUCCUGAAGAAGGCACACGUCCGAGCGAUGCCAAGGGAACCCGUAGCGCCGAGCUUCCCGAGGGGGGUCGAGCACGGCAAAACCUCGGCCCGCUGCGCGGAGUCCGCCAGCGACGACCCCGCAAACCCGCCCCGCGGGGCACGCUGCGCGGUGGCCCCGGCGGGGGCGCGUCGGGGCCCGAGCGCGCCACCAAAGUGCGCCAGAGCACCCCGCGUCCCAGACCGACAAGUGUGGCACACGAUGUGUUCCCGCCGCGGCAGCGCCUGCGAAAGGAGCAGCCAACUGGGGGGGCGUCACGAUGCGCGCGUCCUGCCGGCGACCCGGCUCGGCGAAGGCACGGGCCAAAAGGCGCCGUGGCGCCGGCGGAGGAGGAAGCAGGGGCGGCAGCAGAGGGCGGAGACGAUGAAGAGGACAAGGAGAAAGAACGGAGGCAGCGAAUCUUAGAUCACGGUGCUGGCUCGAGACUUCGGCCAAACAUUGGCAGACAGAGAAAUAACCCUGCCUCGGCAAUCGCGGUGUUGGCAGCAACGAUGAGACGUGCGGCAGAAGGCUGCCAGGCUAUGGCCUGUACAGAUACGCAUCGCACAAAUUAUGGAGCGUAAAAUGUGGCACAGACCCCACAAUCAGGGUCGCCGUUGUUCUAGCAGCGGUGUUAUGCACGGUGUCCAGAUUCCACCGCCCUCGCGCCCUAACAAAUCAUUGGCUACUCUGCUUCAGAGCCGACUGCCUUGGAAGACAAUGCCCACCAGAUCAUCACAGGCGCAGAGUAGCGUCGAGAUGCACGACCCGUCUGUGAACAGCCUUUAGAGGACAUUCUAGCCAACAAUGAGCACCCGAGCGCAUCGCACAACUCACGAAUACUAUCUGCUCACCCUCGGCUUCGGUUUACCAGACACGGGUGAAGCACAGAAUUCAGUGUGCUCUAGUCGGCCUCAGGAAGCGUCGAAGGACGCUGGAGAGAGAGAGAGGCCCACCAGGCGCGACGUGCGUCCGCGGCUCCCACACGCUCUUCAGUGACGGCGCCUGCUUGUAUUUCCACAAGGGAGGCUACGCUCUCGCCUGCCCUAGCAACGGUGCCAACAGCCAUGUCCAAAGUCAGUCAGGUCUGCGCAAGUGGUCACCCUCAACUCCAUCCACUUCGGCCCGAUGGUGGAU